AUGAAGCUAUUCCCACUCUUCGCGCUCUGCGCAACCACCGUCAGCGGUCUCGUCUUCGAGUCCCCUUUCCACCAACCCCCAGGCGCAAACGUGUAUUCUGUGAACGAUCAAGCUGGGCUCAGAAGAAUUGGUGCCCAUCAUUCAAAGCACCACGAUAGACGAACGGUGACGAUACGGCCCUCACACAACGAUACCGAUGACAUUUCGGCCGAUUUCCUCUGGGGCAUUCGUCGGGCAAACCACGGCGGAAGACUCCUCCUCAAGAAGGGCGAGAAAUACGUUAUUGGCAAGAAGCUCGACCUGACAUUUUUGGAUAAUAUUGAAGUGCAAUUGGAUGGGGAGCUGAAGUUCACAGACGAUAUACCGUACUGGCAAGAAAACUACUUCUGGUAUGACUUCCAGAAAUCGAUUACGUUUUGGCGAUGGGGAGGGCGCGACGUCAGUAUAUUUGGCAGCGGGACGUUGAAUGGGAACGGUCAGCGCUGGUAUAAUGGGUUUGCUGGGCAGUCGAUUUUGGACCCCGACAAUGAAUACUACCGGCCCAUUCUCUUCGUAGCAGAGAAUAUCACACGUCUGUCUGUUGAAGGGAUCACGCAACUUAACUCGCCUUGCUGGACCAAUUUCUUCGUCAAUAGCAAGGACGUAGCUUUUGACAAUGUUUAUAUCAAUGCGUUCUCCACGAAUGCAACAGCCGAACCCAAAAACACCGACGGAUUCGACUCCCUCAAUGUCAACGGGCUAUCGGUAACAAACACCCGCAUCGACGUCGGCGAUGACUGCUUCUCCCCAAAGCCCAACACAUCCAAUAUCUUCGUCCAGAAUCUGUGGUGCAAUAACACCCACGGCGUAUCCAUGGGUAGCAUCGGGCAGUACCCGGGUGUCCUAGAUAUUAUCGAGCAUGCUUACAUUGAAAACGUUACGCUUCUUAACGGAGAGAAUGGCGCGCGCCUUAAAGCCUGGGCCGGCGAAGGCGUCGGCUACGGCCGUAUCAAUAACAUCACAUACAAAAACAUCCACAUUGAAAAUACAGAUUACCCAAUCCUUCUAGACCAGUGCUACUUCAAUAUACCCUCAGACGAGUGCGCGAGCUACCCAUCCCAUGUCAAUGUGACAAAUAUUGUUUUUGAGAACGUCUCGGGCACGUCGUCUGGCGCUGAGGGAGAUGUGGUUGCAGAGUUGAUUUGUUCGCCGAAUGCGGUUUGUGAGGGUAUUGAGCUAAAAAAUAUAGAUCUCGCAACGCCAGAGGGAGAGGAAGGUACUGUCGUUUGUGAAGGGGUCACCGGAGGCGUUGGAGUUGAGUGUCAAUCCUCCGAAUAG